GAAUUGUCCUUUAAAUUCCUUACAUGAAAUGUGACCGUUUUAUGCUUCAAGGAUCCGCUUUUCUCGCUUCUUCACACUCCCUUAUCAUCUUUCAUUUAUAUAUAUCACCAAUUUUUUCAUAUUUUCUUCUCCUCACUCUCUCUCUCACUCACUCAGAUAUUGUCUCAGCCUUUACCAUAUUAUCAUGUCAUUUUCGUUCUGAUUUCACCACUUUAUCAACCUCUUUCCAACACCACUUUUCAAAUCUCAUCCAUCUCACAAGUUUACCAAUUAUGGGUAAAGAUUGGUAUUGGGGUGCCAGAAAAUCCUCCAAGAAAACAACACCUCAAACUGAUAUCCCUCCUGGUUGCAUGUGUGCACUUUUUCAAACCUUUGAUUUUCAUCCCUUUCACUUUUCCAUCAACCAACCACAACAUCACUCUCCCAUUAACUCCAUCUCCAAAGAACCUCAAGCACCUAGGAAUAGCUUGGAAUCACAAGAGGAAGAAAAUUUCAAAAUCCCAAAGAACAUAAGAACAAGAGGAGCAAGUUUCAAUGAUCUUUCCUCGGAGAAAAGCUUCAAUGACAUUUCAUCUCCCGGAACCAAAACACCAACCUUGGUAGCGAGAUUAAUGGGUCUUGAUCUUCUUCCUGACGCAAAUUCACCUUCUUCAUCUUCUUCUUCGUCUCUCUCAACUCCGAACAGACAAAGUCAUUACCAUACGAGACCAAAACCAGACAACAUCAAAAUAAUGAAACACAGACACAGCACAGACAGUGUCAUCAUGCGGUCUUUGCCUGAAACUCCAAGGUUGUCUUCAGAAAGAACAUCAUCAUUUGUUGAACAUAGACUCUCUCUCCAAAUCAACAAAGAGAAUAUGAAUCACCGUGAAGAUUUAGAAACUCCUCCUCGAUUUUCAUUCUCAAGAAUCAGAAAACAUGUUAAAGAAAGUGUUGGUGGCAGAAAAGUUGGCAAAGACAUCACCAACAACACAAUCAAAAAUACAAAUGAACCAGAACAAGAAAAAGAACAAGAGAAAGAAGAUUUUGUUACUCAAAUCAAAUUCAAGAAACCUCUGAAGCCAUUGAAACCACUAGAAGAAUCAAACCAAGGAAAACAUUCAAACACAUCUCACUCCCCAAGACUCAGCAGAUUCAAUGAUAACAACAACAGCAACCACAAACAUUCACCAACUCUCCGAGACCAAAACACACAUCAAGUACUAAAACAAUCAUCACCACCACCUUUGGUCAACAUGGAAGCACAAGUUUCAAGAGUUUCAACAAAGACUAAAACUCAAGCAAUGUCAGAGAAGGAGAUGAUGAUCAAGGACAAAAAAUCUUUCCCCAAAUGCAAGAAAACAGCCCAUGGGAAUCUGAGCCCACGGAUCAACAAGAAUCAACAGACAACAAUCAGAAACAAGCAACAAGAGUCUUUCAUUAUUCGACCCUCAUCAUCAACAACUAAAGCUAAGAGAACUCAUCCACUUUCAAACAACACUGUCCCAAAUUUUCUUCCUCUCAAAACACACCCUUCUCCUUCAGAUACAAAAAUCCCUCAAAAACAGGUAAAUGAUGAAGUCCAAGAAUCCAAAAACAUGUCACAGUUAUUUAGUUCUUCGCGCCAGAAGUACACGGUCUGCAACCAAAGAACCAACUAUGAAUCAAAAUCUAACAGUUCCAUCUCCGCCGCUGGAGCCGAAGACCAAGAACGAGAAUAUCAGUACAUCUCCACCAUUCUAAACCGUACUGGAAUACACAGAGCAACAAUAACAAACCUUCAACAUUUCCAAUGGUUCUCUUCAUCACAUCCAUUAGACCCAUCAAUUUUCCACCGUCUUGAACUCUACCCAAACAAUAAAGACAACAAAUUUACGCAGAAAAACCAUCUGGGUCCACGCUGUAACCGUAGAUUACUAUUCGAUUUACUCGACGAAGUAUUAUUAGAAAUUCUCAUGAAACCAAACAGUUACCGUGGGUUGUUGUCACUAGACACAGUGUGGAAAAGAGUUCGGAGUUUCCCACGUGCGAAAUGCGAGGUUUUAGAAGACAUAGACGGAUUAAUAGAAAUGAAAGACGUGAUGGAUAAGAAUAAGGAAGAAGAAGAAGAAGGUGAAAACCUGGUGGCGGAAAUUGAAGGCAAGGUAUUAGAAAUGUUAGUGAAUGAAACAAUAACCGUUAUGGUGGGUCCUAACCGUUGAAAACGGCGUCGUUUUGUGAUGGUGAUAGUGGAAAACGAAGAGACAUGAAACAGAGAGUGUCACAUGGGAUUAAGAUUCACGUGAUGAGAUGCUUUGUUCAUGGCUAUGGUGUGGUGGUAUGCAUCUUCCAGGGAGGUUUUGUGUUGAUGGUGGGUCCACAAGCAUGUACCAUGAAAGAUAACACGUGGUUUUUUUUAAUGCGAAAGAUUUUGCAGCGGAAUUUAUGGCAAAUAAUUAUUUUUCUCUCUGGUUUUUUAAAGUUUUAUACGUACUUUGUUUUUCUUGUGUAUAUACUCUAUUUGAUUUGUGAUUCAGGAAAUUUAUUUGUUAAAAGUUGGUGAAUUAUCUUUA